AAUCGGGGCGAUAGGGAACAAGUUUCUCGUCCACGAUGUAUAAACUUUGCUGUUUGUCAAUGUUUUAAGAUGGCGGAUGCGAACGAGAAGUUGCUGGCGGAACUCUUGAAAAAACCUGGGAACAACGUGUGCGCAGAUUGCGGGGCUAAGAAUCCAGAAUGGGCAUCUUACAAUAUAGGCAUAUUUGUUUGCACAAGGUGUGCCGGUGUGCACAGGUCUAUGGGAGCACAUAUUUCGAAAGUGAAGCACUUAAAGUUAGAUAGGUGGGAGGAUUCCCAGGUCAAUAGGGUACGCGAAGUGGGUAAUGCUGCCGCGAGAUUACAUUAUGAGGAACGCGUACCUUCUUGUUACCGGAGACCAAGCCCAGAUGCCCCACAAGUUUUAGUCGAACAAUGGAUAAGAGCAAAAUAUGAAAGGGAGGAAUUUUGUCAUCCCGAAAGACAAAAUCACUAUGUGUCAGGAUUUAUGGAAGGAUUUUUAAUGAAACGCGGAAAGGAAGAUUCCCGUUACCAUCCCCGUAAAUUUGUGCUCUGUGAAGCAGAUGAUACCCUCAAAUAUCAUGUUAAAGAAAAUAAGGAACCAAAAGCUGUUCUAAGGAUAUCAGAAUUAAACGUAGCAUUUGUGCCACUUAAAACUGGCAAUCAGAAUAGUCUUCAACUGUCUUUUAUGAAAGAUGGCACAACGAGACAUAUCUACGUGUACCACGAAGAUCCGGAAGUCAUCACAAAUUGGUAUCUCGCCAUCAGAUGUGCGAAACUACAUCGUUUACAGGUGGCGUAUCCAGGUGCAAGUGAGAAUGAAUUAUUAUCACAACUCACGAGAGAUUUCCCGCGCGAAGGCUUUCUCUGGAAAACUGGUCCAAAGCAUACAGACGCUUAUAAAAAGAGAUGGUUUACAUUGGAUGGUAGGAAACUCAUGUAUCAUGAUGAUCCUAUGGACGCACAUCCGAAAGGCGAAAUCUUUCUUGGUCAUAGUUCUGAAGGUUUCGCGGUAAAGACAGGCGUACCGCCAGGUGCUAGAGAUCAAGGAUUUUCGUUUACUCUCGAAACACCUGAUAGGACUUAUCUGCUCUCUGCGCAAAGCGAUGAGGACAGAUCGCAAUGGAUUAAUGUGAUUCAAAAAGUAAUAGAUAAACCGCUAACGCCACAGGACGCGACCGUAGCGGCAAGACUCGUAAGAAAACGCACAACAAGCGGAACAAUGAAUAUAUUUUCGUCCACGAGAUAGGGCUGGAUACCUCUUAGACGUCUUUCAUAAUUAUUCAUCGAUAAUCGUACGAUCGAAUCAUAUUGUCGAGAUAAAUAAAUAUAUGACUCAGCAUACACGCGAAAUAUACAUGUGUAGCUUCGGGUUCUUUACUCAUUCUUGUUGCCGUUGAGUCAUGUAUUUAACUUGCGAACGGUUAAUGUAGUUUGCAUAGAAACAUAUGCAUAAGACUGCUCGAAAAUGUUGAUCGACGCGAAUAAAUUGCAAGCACCGCUUCUCGAUAACAUUCUUGCGUUGGGAACAGUUUGUGUCGCUUACUGUCAGAAGGAGUAGGCAGGCAGUAUCGUAACAAUAUUACAAAGAAUUUUUACUUAGCAAUAAUAUUGUGUGUGAUACUUGUCUCUGAUAGCGUUCAUAGCACCGAAAGAAACUCUCUUCCAGAAGUUUGAUCUAAUUUGUUACGGAACAAUUUAUUGAACGGCAAGGCUGGCUUAGAAUAGACAUUACUUUAAAGUUCACUGAUUCACAGUAUUUCUUCUCUUUUUUAUUUACUUGUUUAAUAUCAACUGAUUUAUUUAAACAUCCGUCAUUAUAAAGCCGUAAGUGGUAACGCAAUUUGUACAUAAAAAAUAAAUUCUAAGGGCCUAUCACGCCUCAUUAUCAUUAUUUCUUUGAAAGUAAUAAGCUAUGCCUAUCAACACGUUACUCCCAUAAAUAAAACUACAUUCGAAAAGAAAAAUUCUAAACAGUAAACUGUCUACAUGUGUGUCAAUUGUGCAUUAAAUAUUGUUUUGACAUU